AGAAUAUUUCAAUUUUGUCUAUUCUUUCGAUUGUUCCGUGGACUGAGGAGUUUCUGCAUUGGAAUUAAGUAUGAUUUUGACGGGGCUUAGCAAGAUAAUAUACAGCCCAGGGAUUCAUUCCUGCGUCAUUCCUAUCAUUUGGCAUACAAAGAAUGGUUACUGCAAUCACACUGGGUUUGCUUGUCUCGAUAUUGGUGCUCCCUGCUGCCUUUCAAACGAAUGGCAUCUCAGUUCCACCGAGCUACUCCAUAGAUCUCAUGGAUGCUGCCAAGAAUGAUAUCGAAUGGUUGAAGUACAUAAGGAGAAGAAUUCAUGAGUACCCAGAACUCAUGUUUGAGGAAUUUAACACAAGUGCCCUUAUCAGAAGUGAGCUGGAUAGAAUUGGGGUGUCAUAUAAUUGGCCAUAUGCAAAGACUGGUGUGGUGGCCCAGAUUGGUUCUGGACUGCCUCCUGUUGUUGCUCUCAGGGCUGACAUGGAUGCCCUGCCUCUGCAAGAGCAAGUGGAGUGGGAGCAUAAGAGCAAAAAUACUGGGAGAAUGCAUGCAUGUGGGCAUGAUUCACAUGUUGCAAUGCUUCUUGGGGCUGCCAAGUUGCUGCACCAUCGGAAGGAUAAGCUCAAGGGUACUGUAAGACUUUUGUUCCAACCAGCAGAAGAAAGGGGAGCAGGUGCUGCUAUGAUGAUCAAGGAUGGUGCUCUCAAAGAUGCUGAAGCUAUUUUUGGCAUGCAUAUUUCAACUUUAUUACAAACUGGUACCAUUGCCUCAAGGCCAGGACCAGUAUAUGCUGCUACUGCAAUAUUUCAGGCAACCAUUUUUGGUAAAGGUGGGCAUGCAGCAUUUCCACAUAUGAAUGCGGAUCCAGUUGUUGCAGCCUCCUUUGCUGUUGUGAGUUUGCAAGAGCUGGUUUCUCGAGAAAUGGAUCCUCUUGAUAGCCAUGUGGUUUCAAUAGGAUUUAUUGAAGGUGGGGAUGCACACAAUGUUAUUCCAAGCCAAGUCAAGUUCGGAGGCACCCUGCGAAGCCUGACAAGUGAAGGGAUCCUUUAUCUUAGGAAAAGAGUUAUAGAAAUUAUCGAAAGUCAAGCUUCUGUCCAUAGAUGUAAUGCUUCUGUAGAGUUUUUUGAGGAAUACUAUCCAAUAUAUCCAGCUACAGUAAAUGAUGAAUCAUUGCACAAUCACAUCAUAGCUGUUGGAGAAACCUUAUUUGGUCCAGAAAAUGUAAAGCUUGCCAAUCAGGCAAUGGUGGGUGAAGAUUUUUCUUUCUAUCAACAGAUUAUACCAGGUGCAAUGCUUUCCAUUGGCAUUAGAAAUGAAGAGAUUGGCUCUAUUCAUACACCUCAUUCUCCAUUUUUCCUUUUGGAUGAAGACGUGCUCCCUUUAGGAGCAGCCCUAUAUACUGCACUCGUAGAAAUGUACUUGAAGCAGCAUGAUGAAGAAAGAAAAGUCUGAAUUAUCAAGGAAGACAUUAUAAAAAGAGAAGUCAAUAUUUCCUUGGUUUUGUAUCAUUAAAAAUUCUGGAUAUAUUUAGCUUUGUCUUUCAAGAAAUUUUUAUCAUUAAAACUUCUGGAUUUAUUUA